AGUGUGUGUGGUUUCAAGAUGGCUGCGGAGGAUCUCCCGUCUCAAUUUGAUGUUGUCAUUCUCGGAACAGGCCUCACUGAGUCUGUCAUUGCUGCGGCCUGCUCCAGAGUUGGACAAAGUGUUUUGCAUCUGGACAGGAGGAACUAUUACGCUGGAAACUGGGCAAGCUUCACUUUUAAUGGCCUGCUGUCGUGGAUUGAGGAAUAUAAGAAUCAGCAGGAGCUUCAGAUCACAGAGUCGGAGCAAGAAUGGAGGAGCUUGAUUGAAGAUGGGGAAGAAGCGGUGCCUCUUAACUCUGUCGAUUCUUCUAUUUCCAACUUAGAAGUUUUCUGUUAUGCCAGUGAGGAAGAGGAGCAAGAAGAGGAAACUAAAGACCUGUUAACAUGUCCGAAUGCUGAAACUGUAUCAGAAGAGACCAACAGUGACUCUACAGAAACUCAAGACACGGUUACAAGUGAUGAUGUUACAGAAUCAAAUGUUAAAGUGCAGAAUGAAGAGAAUGAAGAUUCUGCGCCAAAAGAGCAGCUACAUGCAUCGGAUAUUUCUGAACACAGCCAGUCAGUGGAGGAGAAACAGCCCAACAGAAGCCCAGCAGAUCCACCUGCAGAGCUGCAGAAGAAGAUAACAUAUCAAAAGCUGUUGAAAGAGGGACGCCGGUUCAACAUUGACCUGGUCUCAAAGCUGAUGUAUUCACGUGGUGCACUGGUGGAUCUGCUCAUUAAAUCUAAUGUGAGCCGCUACGCAGAGUUCAAGAACAUCGGCCGCAUCCUCACUUGCAGAAAUGGAAAAGUGGAGCAGGUCCCAUGUUCACGGGCAGAUGUGUUUGCCAGCAAGCAGCUGACCGUGGUGGAGAAGCGCAUGCUGAUGAAGUUUCUUACCUUCUGUCUGGACUUUGAGCAGCACCCAGAGGAGUACCAGGAUUACUCAGAGAAACCGUUUAGUGAGUUCCUGAAGAAUAAGAAGCUCACUGAGAACCUUCAAGAUUUUGUCCUGCUCUCAAUCGCUAUGGUGACGCAACAGACCCUCACGGAGGAAGGACUAAAGGCCACACAGCACUUCCUGCGAUGCCUGGGUCGCUACGGCAACACUCCCUUCCUGUUCCCCCUCUAUGGCCUUGGAGAAAUCCCACAGUGCUUUUGCAGAAUGUGUGCCGUAUUUGGAGGAAUUUAUUGUCUGCGACACUCUGUGCAAUGCCUUGUUGUGGAUAAGGAGUCCAACAAGUAAGUAGUGAAUA